AUGGGCAUCCGUGGCUUGCUGCGAGCUGCCGUGCUCCUGCUGCUCAUCAGGACUUGGCUCGCAGAGAGCCACGACCCCAGUCCUACCCCGAAAUUCCACUUCGAGCUAUCCUCCAGCAUGCCCGAAGUCGUCCUGGAUCUCUUCAACUGCAAAAAUUGUGCAAAUGAAGCUGUGGUUCAAAAGAUUUUGAACAGGGUGCUGUCAACAUACGAUGUCCGACUGAGACCAAAUUUUGGAGGUGCCCCUGUGCCAGUGUCCGUAUCUAUCUAUGUCUCCAGUAUUGAACAGAUCUCAGAAAUAAAUAUGGACUACACAAUCACUAUGUUUUUGCAUCAGACCUGGAAGGACACACGCUUAGCAUAACUAUGAGACCACCAGAACCUGACUCUGGACUAUCGUAUGCACGAGAAGCUGUGGGUCCGAUGCUACUUUGUGAAUAGCAAAAAUACCUUUGUACAUGAUGUAACUGUGGAGAAUCGUGUGUUUAAGCUCCACCCAGAUGGGACAGUGCUAUACGGCAUCCGACUCACCACAACAGCAGCCUGUUCCCUGGAUCUGCAAAAAUUCCCUUUGGACAAGCAAGCCUGCAAGCUGGAGGUGGAGAGCUAUGGCUAUACUAUGGAAGACAUUGUAUUAUCCUGGGAAGAUGAGAAUGCCAUCCACAUUACUGAUGAGCUGCACAUCCCUCAGUUCACCUUCCUGGGGAAGAAUACCAGCAAGGAGGUGUAUUUCUACACAGGCUCCUACAUGCGCCUGAUAGUGAAGUUCCAAGUUCAGAGGGAAGUCCACAGCUACCUUGUGCAGGUCUAUUGGCCCACGGUCCUCACCACCAUUCUCUCCUGGGUAUCAUUUUGGAUGAACUAUGAUUCCUCUGCAGCCAGGGUGACAAUUGGUAAGUCCUUUGUUUUAUCUUCUAUUCUUGUCCUGACUACGAUCGACUCACAUAUGCGGGAUAAACUCCCCCAGAUUUCCUGUGUCAAAGCCAUUGACAUCUACAUCCUUGUGUCGUUCUUCGUGUUCCUGUCCCUGCUGGAUGUCUGUCACAUCAACUACCUUUUCUUCAGUCGAAGACCUCGGCGCAAUCGCAGGAGAUGCAAGAAACGGAGGGUUGUUGCCAGAUACCGGCUACCAAGAAGGUUGGUGGUGGAAAACGUGAUGGACCUGAUUAAUGUGGAAGACAGAGUGGAGGACAGAGCUGGGCCCCUUCCUGACAGCCCCAUGCAGGCUCAUCUGGCAAGUCAGGAAAGUCUUGGAUCCUUGGUGUUCACCUCAGAGCAGGCCCAACUGGCUACCUCAGAAAGCCUCAGCCCACUGUCUUGCACCUCAGUCCAGGCCCAACUGGCCACUGGAGGCCUGAGUGAUCUGCCCUCCACCUCUCAGCAAACACUGAUGGACUGUACCAUCCACUUUCAUGGCUUCCUCCCUAAUGACAGCAUUAUCCCCGUCGAAAUCUGCAACCAUUCUGAGACCUGUGAUGAUGAAGAUUCUGAAGAGAGCCUAAGCUCUGAUGAAAGCCAUGGCCGUGACAGCAGCCCCAGUGGAAGGCUCAUGUUCCCCACUGGCCAGAGGUGUGUGCAAGAAAGCAAGUUGGGACCUUGAUAGAUUGAGAGCUUACAGGAUGACAUCAGUAUCAAGAGCAGCUGGCUUGGCCUUGAUGAACCACACAAGGUGGAAGCUGAAAGUAUCUGGAGCCUUACUGAUAAGGAGCCUAUGGCCUGUGACCAAGAGAAGGAUCAUAGCUCAGAGUCUGAGGAGAGUUGUCCCCCAAGCCCUGGGUGCUCCUUCAGUGAAGGGUUCUCUUCCAGAUCUUUAAGCCCUAACCUGGUCCCGAAGGUUGAUAGGUGGUCCCGUUUCCUCUUCCCUCUUUUCUUUGGGUUGUUCAAUGUGGUUUACUGGUUGUACCACAUCUAUUAG